CAGAACGUCACUAGCCUCGCAGCCCUCAACGCCCUCCGCUUUCAACCCCUCUGAAGACAGUCAAGAGCCGUUUGCCUCGUCCGAGUUGCUUCCGAUACGUGAGGAUGGGUCGUUCCUCGAAGGAUAAGCGGGACAUUUACUACCGCCUGGCCAAGGAAGAGGGGUGGCGAGCCCGUAGUGCAUUUAAGCUUUUGCAGCUGGAUGAGGAAUAUCACUUGUUUCAAGGUGUCUCUAGGGCCGUGGAUCUCUGUGCAGCUCCUGGGAGCUGGAGUCAAGUUCUGAGCCGAAAGCUCAAAGGAGAAGACACUAAAAACUCAUCUGUCAAAAUAGUGGCUGUGGAUUUGCAAGCCAUGGCUCCGUUGCCGGGCGUUAUUCAAAUCCAGGGGGACAUCACCAAGGUCUCAACAGCCCAGGAGAUCAUUUGCCAUUUUGAGGGGCAGCCGGCUGACCUGGUGGUGUGUGAUGGAGCCCCCGAUGUGACUGGACUCCAUGACAUAGACGAGUACAUUCAGGCCCAGCUGUUGCUCGCCGCCCUGAACAUCACGACACAUGUGCUAAAAAGGGGAGGGACUUUUGUAGCAAAGAUAUUCCGCGGGAAGGAUGUCACCCUCCUCUAUUCCCAGUUAAGGAUUUUCUUUCCUGAUGUGACCUGUGCCAAACCCCGAAGUAGCCGCAAUUCCAGCAUCGAAGCCUUUGUUGUUUGCCGAAACUACAGCCCCCCGGAAGGCUAUGUGCCAAACAUGUCCAAUCCCCUGCUGGAUCACUGUUACGAUGUGGAUUUUAACCAGUUGGAAGGCCCCAAUCGGGUCAUCGUCCCCUUCCUGGCUUGUGGAGAUCUGAGCGCUUAUGAUUCUGACCGGACGUACCCUCUCCAGCUGGACCCUGAGAAGAAAUAUACCUACGUGCCCCCCACCCAGCCCCCCAUCCGCCCUCCCUACGAGGAAGCCUGCUUCUUGAAGAAACACAAUCUUCUCACCAAGGAGCCAGCGCCCCGACCUCAGCAGCAAGCUGCCCUCUGUGAGCCUCCACAGCAGCAUGAGCAGGGGGCGGAGUGCUUUCCCCUAGAGACUGAGAUCAUCCAGGCUUUGGAGGAACUGUCCACGUGACACAAUCACAGACCUGGGGGCUGAGGUGCGUGUGCGCCUACUGCCCCCUGCUGGUUUGAAAGACUUCUCAAUCAGUCCUGCUUGGUUUGCUUAUAGCAGCCUUCUCCAGCUAGUGACUUUCUGAUGUGUUGGACUGCAACUCCCAUGCUGGCUGGUGGAUUACGGGAGUUCUAGUCAAAUGCAUGCGGAGGACGCCAGGCUGGCUUAGAGGAUUUCCUGCUGUAUCCUUCUAAAGGCCCAUGAAAGCCCUCUGGUCCUUGAACAAUCCAA